AUGUUUGGGCUGAUCUGCUUUCUUGGAUAUGCCCUGAAGCUGAAAGCUUUCACAUACAUGUUAGAUUUUCCUGUAAUCCCCGUUUUGGCUCACUUUUCCUUCCUAGAUGUCAUUGUGCACUGACGUUUUGGAUUGGGUGGGGUUGCAAUAUCAGUACAGAUAGAAUUCUUCAUUACAUUAGAUGUGGUCACUUCUUUGUGAUUUUUUUUAAAAAUAAUGCUAAUGGGAAAUGCCUUACAUCCUUUCAGUGGAAAACAUAUAAAUUCGCCCAGCCUUUCUGUUUCACUCACACUACAGGGGCUCCCAUGAAUCACAGAGCUACUAGUAACAGAUAAUGCUUUUAUUUCUCCUGUUAGGAAAUGGAUGAAAGGGUUAAGUUCUGGCACAAACAGGAAAACAGACUAUGAACAUUUAUCCUGAAGGCAUCAACUCUUUAAAUAGCUACUCAGCAGUGUGACUGUUUCUCACAAGGGCCAGAAACUUCACUGCUCUUUGUUUCUCUAGUCCUUGUAUGACUACAGGCAUAAAGCUUUAUCCUAUCGCAGUAUGUUCAGAUAUCUUUCAAAGUAUGCAUGUCUGUAACUGUAGACCGGGGAAGCAUUUACUGCCACUGGAGGCAUGAAGAAACUUGGUUUCAGUGAUAUUUUUCUCUGUUCCUUUAAAGAUAUCAUCAGUGAGACUUUAUUCAGCUCCAAGAAAAUCCCUCCCUCUGUGCCGAAGAAUUAAUAGGAUGCUUUCCAACGAGUCCAUACAUCCUUCCAUGUUCAGCCGAUCCAAUUCCCAGGCCUCCGUGGAUAGCACCUCAAUGGAGGAUUUCUGGUGUGAAGUAGAAAGUAUCAAAGAAAACAGUGAACAAGGGCAAGAAGAACAAACACUAUUAGAAGUCAAGCCAGCUGAUGAGGGGGAACUUGAAGCUGAAUGGCUGCAAGAUGCGGGCUUAUCUACAUUGAUUUCGGGGGCUGAAGAAGAGGAUGGGCAAGCCCUGCUGUCCACACUGACCCGCACGCAAGCUGCCGCAGUACAAAGAAGGUACAAUACCUACACUCAGACUAUGAGGAAGAAGAACAAACACACUGUCAGGGAUGUGCGAGACAUCUUUGGAGUUAAUGACUCUUCUCCCACAUUUGAGACAGCUCCAGUGUCACCAAUUCCUUCUAAUGGUAUCCAGCUUCCAGGGCAGAAGCCAGCUUGGACAUCAGUGAGUUCUAAUAGCUGUCUAGACUGUGGACUAGAUAAAGACAGCCCAUCAGUAACAGAAGAGCUAUCCUAUGAGGUUUCUUUCUCAGAAUCCAUUACAGUGGUCCCAAAAAGCAGAGAACGGCAGAACAACCAGAGAUUCAAAAAGGAUGAUUCUGCUUCGUCUAAAUUUAUUGUUCGAAAAAGUCGAUUUGGCCUGACAGAAGUCGGAGACCUAUCUCUUGAAGACAUGAAGAAAAUUCGCUAUCUCUCUCUGAUUGAAUUAACAGCCUUCUAUGAUGCUUUGGGAAUAGAACUAAAGAGGAACAGAACAGAAAGAAUCAAAGGACGAGAAAAUGGUCUUUUUGGAGUCCCUCUCACGAUCCUGCUGGAAAACGAUCAAAAGAAGGUGCCAGGAAUAAAAGUUCCUCUCAUAUUCCAAAAACUGUUACUCAAGCUUGAGGCAACGGGUUUAGAAACGGAAGGGAUUCUGCGAGUUCCUGGAUCUGCCUCCAGAGUUAAGAUUCUCCAUCAAGAAAUUGAAACAAAAUUUCAUGAAGACACAUUUGACUGGGACCAAGUUCGAAACAAUGAUGCAGCAGGACUGCUGAAGAUGUUUAUAAGAGAACUCCCAAGCCCCCUCUUCACUGUAGAAUAUCUGCCUGCCUUCAUCACACUAGUGGAAAAAGUCUCCAAUGUCAAGUUACAGUUACAAGCUUUGCAUCUGCUGAUCAUGUUGUUGCCUGAUGCCAACAGGGAUACAGCCAAGGCCUUUCUGCAGUUCCUGAAGAAGAUAGUUGCUAAUGAAGGGAAAAACAAAAUGAAUUUAUGGAAUGUUUCCAUGAUUGUUGCACCAAAUCUCUUCAUCUACAAAGGCAAACAUGCAAACAAAGAAGAGAUGCAAGCAGCAGCCACCACGGCACACAUUGUGAGACUUUUAAUUAAGUACCAGGACAUCCUGUGGACAGUCCCAUCCUUCCUGAUUUCUCAAGUAAGAAAGAUGAAUGAGGCUGCAAUGAGCAACACCAAGAGACAGAUGAUGUUUGACAAAGGUGUGAGAAGAUUGCUGAGGAGAAAGACCAUGGAGCGAGAGAGACCUGAAAGAUCAGAGAGUGACAUACCUGAGGGGGUGAUAAGAGUUUAUGCUCCACUGCAUUCAAAAGUUUCUAUGGCAAUUCAAUUGAACAGUCAAACAAAAGCCAAAGACAUCCUGGCUCGAUUUCACUGUGAAAACAGCCAUGCACCGUCAAAGAACACCAAAGUCCAGACCCAACGUUUAUAUGAAAUUGGAGGAAAUAUAGGACUGCACUGUUUGGACCCAGAUGCAUACAUGUUGGAUGUUUACCGUGCAAAUCCUCAAGCAGAGUGGGUGAUAAAACCAAAGGCAAGUUGAAGCUGGCAAAACUUUCAUAGGACAGUGAUUUGGGGGAAAAAAGCUUAAAGGAGGGCCAGAUGCUCUCAGGCUCAAUAAGACCUUGCCACAGAUGAAACCAAAGUAUUUGUUAUAUAGAUAUAUGAAUUCCUGACAAUGUACUUUACCAUUGAGCCUUUCCAAACACAAAUAUGUCAUGAGAGCUGUUACUCCAAUAGAUGGAACAUCGCACAAUAUAAUGCAACAUUGACACUUCCACAUGGAUUAUAUCUGUGCCAGUUGAUCAAUAGACGUGAUGAAGGAAGGAACAGAGGUACUUUAGAAACAACCUGUGGACAGGAGUAUUUUUUUCACUUCUUGACUUGAUUCUAAGAAAACACACUUUUUAUAAACUGAUGAUAACACAAUGACAUCCUAGAAUGUAAUGACCAAGGUAAUGCAAAGGCAUUACUGUAGUAUGCAAGAAGGGAAACAUAUCUAUUAAACAUGGCCUAUGGGAGCUGGACUGGCAGCAGUGCCAAAAUGUGUUUACGAGAUAAACUCGAACCCUUCUGUCAAAAGCAAACCAGUUUCUAAAGGACAAUGUACAUUGUUACAAUAUUUAUGCCGCUGACUCACUCCUCAUUAGUAGCUGACAUUGCGAGGGGAAAGAACUACUGUGUAAAGACAAACGUACUGUUUAUGUAUGUUGUACUGUAUAUGUUACCGUGAUCAGCCUUCUGAUAUGGCUUUCUACAGUGUUGACCACAUACCAAUGUAUUUGUAGCACUACUGCCUCACAAAUUCCUGCUCCCUACACACAUGUAAAAGUCAUGGGGCUCUGAGCCAGAGAUUAGGCAGAAAGUGGUAUUUUCAGAUUCUUCCCACUCCAGUUUUCAUUGACUAGACAUAGAUUUAAAAUAUUUUCUGCAUAGUAUCUUAGUGUGUGUGCUGAAAGGUGCCAGUUACAGACAUUGCCCUAGACUAAUUGUUUUUCCUUGGUCUGUUUUAGUUUAAUAUGUCGGUAGUUUUUAAUUCUGGGUGGCAGUGUUAAGAAGAAAGAUCUUGCCUGACAUUUGUGAACUGUAGCAGGCAUUUUAGGCUUUCCUGUUCACAGAGGCAGAUUAGAAGAGAUUCUGCUGAGAAGUAAGAUAUAUUAUUAUAGAACAUUGCUACUGUGGUAGUGCCACAACUAAGUUGGCCCCACCUGUGGUAGGCCCUGUACAAACAAGUAAUAAAUAGCAAGCCCCUACUGCAAUUUGCAUAUAAUAUAUAAGGAGAGUUCAUCAGCCAAAACCAAUGGGCAGGCCGGAGAUAGGGUUGGGGAAACAGUGUAACAAAUUAAUGUACUGGACUAUGCCCAUGUCUUAGCCAGUCAGUAGUUUUGUUCACAGUUCUCUGGCUGGCUAGACAUUAUAAAACUGUACUUGGUGUAUGCAGAGACAUAUGCUUGCACAUUUGCUAAGAAGAGAUGUGUUGACAUUCUAGAAAUCAAUUUUUUUUCCCCUUGAGCUGCAAACCCAGACAGUUAAAGAUCAUUCAGAUUUAACAAGGGAUAUUUCUGACUUUGGAAUAGUUACUGUAUAAUAAACUCAUCUGUGGUAAGACCUGUAUAAUAAUUUUGGAGGAGGGUUUCCCCCUCCAUGAAUUGACUACAGUAAUAUGGAGAGAAAUAAUCGUUCAUAAGGUAGCCAUGGAUAACAUCUGAAGUACUUUAAUCUUGAUGGAGCAUCUAACUUGUGAUGGCUUGCAAUAUUUGUGUAAUUACUAUUGUUAUACAUUUUGAAACCUUGCUUUAGGUUUCAAAUGACUGUGUAUCAUGCCCUCCAUUAUACCAAUGCAACCUUAUUGGUGGAACUUAGUACAAAAAGCCAACCAGUGGAAUAUGGACUAUGUAGCUUUUUUAUUUGAGACUAUAGGAGGCAAUAUUUGGUUUCCUUUCUUCAAGCUAAAGGUUAGGAUAACAUUUAACAACAGCAUCAUUCAGUACCCUCUUCUAAAUUGAGCAAAAUUGCUUUUCUUCAAUUCCAGGGCAGAAUACUGAUCUCUGCUCAAUUCUAGCUAGGCUAGUGCUAGUACAGCUAUAAUUAAAACAAUGUAUUUCUUGCUUUCACAACUCUUCAUUUACAUGUAUUUGAGAGAUGUAGGGCAGUGGUUUGGCAGGAAGUCUUUCAGCUCAAGUGCUCCUGUCCUGAUUCUUAUACUGGUUCCUUUGGGUCAAGUCACUUCAUCUCUCUGCCAUGGUCUUGACUAUAAAAUAGGGUUAAUAACUAAUUCUUAUGCUGACCAGACUAUUCAGAUCAAAUACUGCUUUCAGAUGUGUGCAUGGAACCCCGCAAAUUGAACAGGAGUUGUAAGCAUGUUAUAGAAGUAUAAACAGCUCCUAGGGUUCCUACAAAAUCCUUUACUAAGUGGUAUUAUAUCUAUUACCAUGGAAAACAUUUCUGUGAUUUCACAGAAAUCCUGCACAUCUUCUAAAUAAUUUAAAAUGCAGAAACCAAGAUACCACUUUCUAAAGUGUUUAACUUCCCCCACCUUAUUCCCAAGCAGGUAGACUAAAGGCCUAGUCCAUACUACCACGGGCUGUAAAUGUAAGUUACGCAACAUCACUAAGUGAAUAACAUAACUACAGCUCGGUGAAUAACAUAGCUGAAGCUGAUGUACUUAAAUCUACUUAUCAUGGGCUACGUCUACACUGGCAAGAUUUUGCGCAAAUACUUUUUACGCCAAGAGGUUUUGCGUUAAAGUAUUUGCGCAAGAGAGCGUCUACACUG